AUGUAUGAAGUUUCAAGUGUCACGGGGAAUAAAGUAACAGCCGCGACGGCCAUUCGUGCCACGCAUCCUUUCAACGUUUCGGAACCUCGGAAUCCGAAUGGUCGGGGUGGAAAAGUGACGGAUAUGCCUUUGGCAACAACGGUCAAAAAUCAAAUGUUGAAACUUUUGCGUCGGAGCAAGAGUACAAGGUCGUCGAGUCGAAACCGCGAAAAAAGCAGCAUUGUUAUUUCGAAUAAACGAUAUUCAUUUGUGGCAAGUUCUCCGAUAUCCGCUCCGAACGGUCACGCCGCGACCGUGGUCGACCCUUACCCGAUGGCUAUGGGCGUGGUGGGAGCAAACGGUACGGGUAGAAGCAAUUCUUCUUCCACGGAGAAAAAAACCACCGUGAAUCCGAGAACGCGAGAAUCGCUCCAAGAAAAAUCUCACACUUCUACCUCUUCUUCUUCUGCUUCUCAGUCGCAAAGAAAAGUUAGAGUUUCGUCACAGAGUUACGCGUUAUUUAAUUAUAUGAGACGGGGGAGGGGUAGGGGUAGGGGAGGGGAAGUAUUCAAGUAUUGCGAAAAUUAUUUUUUUUCUUAUAAUUGCAUAACGGAAAUUUUAAGAUAUUGUUUUAAUGAAUGA